AAACCGGAAGUUGACUGAAGAGUCAUUUCCUGAUUUCUUUUCGGUGCAUUUUUCUCAGCCUUCAGUCGACCGUGUACGUCUCCCUCCCGGCCACCUUCUGGUGUGUGCUGCCCAGUUUUAUGUGGAACAGCUCUUGUGCCAACAUUUCACUGCUGAGAAACUAGUGGCCUAUUUGUCAGCCAUUUCCGGUGCAUGUUUGCGACUCUGGCAGCCCUGAACAGGAAGACAGACGCAGAGAGACGUCUGAACUGAGAGAGGAAACUGUUGUGGCUUCUUCAUCUGCCUCAGAAUGACAGAGUUCUGGGUUUGUUUCAGCUGCUGCAUUGCCGAGCAGCCACAGCCAAAACGGCGGCGACGAAUUGACCGCUCCAUGAUCGGGGAGCCAACAAACUUUGUUCACACCACACAUGUAGGCUCUGGGGACAUGGGAUUAGCAGCAGUGGACCUUGUUCAGGCUCAGAUGAAAUCUAAAGGAGGCUACUCACACGGAGGUUCAGAAGGCUCUCAGUUGUAACGAGCUCUUCGGUUAUGUGAAAACUACUGUUCAUAUGAGGAAGAAUUUUGGGAAGAAAAGAAAAAGCAGUUCUGUCUGUAAAGGACACAGGACCAAAAUAUGAAACUACUGCUUUUUCCAUUUUGUUGUAUAUAUUUUUAUUUUUCAUCCUUUCUGUCUUUUUUUAAUGAAAGCACUGCUAUACAUUUGCUGCCAUAUUGUUGCACUGUAAAGAAUAGAUAAGAGGGUUUAGAGAGCUCCUGAUCUCAGUCAAAUGUAUGCUUGUGUGUAUGCAAGAGGAAAACGUUUUCAAAAAUAUUUACUGUAGUAGCCUGUUGGACGCCUGUAAUUUAUGUUUGAUUUGUUAGCUGACCUCAUGGUGGCUGGGCCAUACUAGACUUGUGGAACAUUUAGUUUUCUCCUUUAUUCUCAGAGGUUGAUUAAAUAAC